AUAAAAAGUCGUACGAACAAGACAAAAAGUCGUACGAACAAAACAAAAAGUCGAUAAAAAAGUCGUACGAACAAAACAAAAAGUCGUACAAACAAGACAAAAAGUCGUACGAACAAGACAAAAAGUCGUACGAACAUGACAAAAAGUCGUACAAAAAGUCAUACGAACAAGACAAAAAGUCGUACGAACAAGACAAAAAGUCGUACGAACAUGACAAAAAGUCGUACAAAAAGUCAUACGAACAAGACAAAAAGUCGUACGAACAAGAUAAAAAGUCGUACGAACAUGACAAAAAGUCGUACAAAAAGUCAUACGAACAAGACAAAAAGUCGUACGAACAUGACAAAAAGUCGUACAAAAAGUCAUACGAACAAGACAAAAAGUCGUACGAACAAGAUAAAAAGUCGUACGAACAUGACAAAAAGUCGUACAAAAAGUCAUACGAACAAGACAAAAAGUCGUACGAACAUGACAAAAAGUCGUACGAACAAGAUAAAAAGUCGUACGAACAAGAUAAAAAGUCGUACAAAAAGUCAUACGAACAAGACAAAAAGUCGUACGAACAUGACAAAAAGUCACGUACGAACAAGACAAAAAGUCGUACGAACAUGACAAAAAGUCAUACGAACAAGAUAAAAAAUCGUACGAACAUGACAAAAAGUCGUACGAACAUGACAAAAAGUCGUACAAAAAGUCAUACGAACAAGACAAAAAGUCGUACGAACAUGACAAAAAGUCGUACGAACGAAACAAAAAAUCGUACGAACAAGACAAAAAUUCGUACGAACAAGACAAAAAUUCGUACGAAAAUGACAAAAAUUCGUACGAACAAGAUAAAAAGUCGUUUGAAAAAGUCGUACAAACAAGACAAAAAUUCGUAUGAACAAGACAAAAAGUCUUGCGAACAAGAUAAAAAGUCGUACGAACAAGACAAAAGUCGUACGAACAAGACAAAAAGUCUUGCGAAAAAGACAAAAAGUAGUACGAACAAGACAAAAAGUCUUGCGAACAAGACAAAAAGUCGUACGAACAAGACAAAAAGUUUUGCGAACAAGACAAAAAGUCGUCUACGAUAUGCCAGUAUAGGAGACUCUGGAAAGAUCUGCCUAAGUUUCGGUGAAGAUUCGAUGAUGCGCCAGUGCUUUUUCAAGAUAGGUGGAAGUGGCGGCAUGUCUGGUGGAACAUGA